UUAAAAAAAAAUAGUUUUGAAACAAAAUAUAAAAAAUGUUUCAUAUCAACAACAUUAUAUUUCAAAGGCGAUUUUUACAUAAAAGAAUCAGUGAAGUUCUAUGCAUUGGAAUCCGUUUUUGCAACGCAAAAUCCACCAAUAAAAACAACAAAUCAUCACCGCCAGAGAAAUCUCCCCCUCCUCCACCGCCACCACCUGGAACACCUCCACCGCAAACGAAAACCAAAUUUGGACCCUUAUCAGAUGCGGAUCGUAUUUUCACAAAUUUAUAUGGGCGGCAUGAUUGGACUCUGAGAGGAGCAUUGGAACGCGGUGACUGGUAUCGUACCAAAGAAAUUCUUUGUAAGGGUCGUGAAUGGAUUGUAAAUGAAAUUAAGACGUCCGGCUUGCGGGGUCGUGGUGGUGCUGGUUUCCCUAGUGGCUUAAAAUGGUCAUUUAUGAGUGGCCCCGCAGAUGGACGCCCCCGAUUUUUGGUGGUCAAUGCUGAUGAAGGUGAACCGGGAACGUGUAAGGAUCGUGAUAUUUUACGCCAUGAUCCACAUAAACUAAUAGAAGGAUGUCUGAUUGCGGGAAGAGCUCUGGCGGCACAGACAGCUUUUAUUUAUAUUCGUGGUGAAUUUUACAACGAAGCUUGUAAUUUACAAUAUGCCCUCGCUGAGGCUUAUAAAUGUGGCCUCAUUGGGCGUAAUGCCUGUGAAUCGGGUUUUGAUUUUGACAUUGUUAUACAACGUGGUGCGGGAGCCUAUAUAUGUGGCGAGGAGACGGCCCUUAUAGAAUCCAUUGAAGGAAAACAGGGUAAACCCAGACUGAAACCACCAUUUCCAGCGGAUGUUGGGCUUUUCGGGUGUCCAUCAAUGGUGACAAAUGUGGAGACAGUGGCUGUGUCUCCCACAAUAUGUCGUCGUGGUGGCAAAUGGUUUGCCAGUUUUGGACGUACUCGCAAUUCCGGCACCAAGCUCUUCAAUAUCAGUGGUCAUGUGAAUCGGCCCUGUACCGUUGAGGAAGAAAUGUCAAUGCCAUUGCGGGAAAUUAUCGAACGCCAUGCUGGUGGGGUACGUGGUGGUUGGGAUAAUCUCUUGGCUAUUAUACCCGGUGGUUCCUCUACACCAGUCAUACCCAAAAAGGUGUGUGAUGAUGUCUUGAUGGACUAUGAUGGCCUAAUGGCCGUCCAAACAUCUUUGGGAACGGCUGCCAUCAUUGUGAUGGACAAAUCGACGGAUAUUAUCAAAGCCAUUGCCCGUCUCAGUCAAUUCUAUCGUCAUGAAAGUUGUGGCCAAUGCACCCCAUGCCGUGAAGGAGUUCCCUGGAUGUCGAAAAUUAUAAAUCGUUUUGUGACGGGCAAUGCCGAACCGGCUGAGAUAGAUAUGCUCUAUGAAAUAUCGAAACAGAUUGAAGGUCAUACGAUAUGUGCUUUUGGUGAUGGUGCCGCUUGGCCACCACAGGGUCUGAUAAGAAAUUUUCGUCCAGAAAUUGAAAAGCGUAUGAAGCUGUAUGCUGAUAAAUUGCCUAAAAAGGAAACAGUGAGAUUAUGCAAUCAGGGUAGGAAAUAAAUUGCAUUUUGA